AUGUCGCUGUUUGGCGGCGGUCAGUCGGCCUUUGGCCAGUCGACAGCCUCCCAGCCUGGAGCCUCCAGCAUCUUCGGCCAAACCGCUGCCUCGCAAACUCCCGCCGCAUCCAGCCUCUUUGGUGCAUCGACCGCUACGAAACCAAGCUUGUUUGGCCAGAGCACUGCGACCCAGCCCGCUGCCUCGACGACCCAAACUCCCGCAGGUAGUUUGUUUGGAGCUUCGACGACUACCCCGAAAGCCAGCUUGUUUGGCGCCCCAGCCACGACCCAGACUCAGCCUUCGACUUCUCUAUUCGGCGGACAAGCGGCGAGCACGCAACCCUCCGCUUUUGGAGCUACGACUACGACCCCGAAGCCUUCCAUUUUCGGUGCCCAGACUCAAGCUCAAGCCCAACCCCAGGUCCCCAGCUUGGGAACGGCCCCUUCUAGCCUUGGUCUGACGCAGAACCAGGGACAACAACAGCAGCAGCAGAACGGUCAACAGCCCGCCGGCGCUUAUUUUGAUACCCUGUUCGCUAUGACCAAGAAACGCACCGACGGAACGACCCAGGACAUGCCGCACCUGCAGCUUGGUCUUGGUGACCUCCGCCAACGCCUCAAGAAGAUUGGAGGCAAGACCCCCGAAAAGGCUGUCGACGGAAGGGCUCAUUACGUUCUUGCCGCCUCCGGUAUUGACCUCGGCGCAGCCGCGAAGGACCUAGGCUCCCUCUCUGUUCAUCCGAGCAAGGUUGAUCGACAUGCUGGCGAGACGGGCGGCCCCUCCGAGAUCGAUGUCGAGACGUACCUCGAAAACCUCCAGAAGAAGACGACGUUGGGCAUGAUACAGGACGGGCUCGAGAGGUCUGCGAAGGCCUUUGAUAACUUCCUCGAGGACAACAUGGCCGCGGAGUGGGAAGUCCAGCGCAAGCGCAUCUACGAACACUUUGGAAUCCUGCAGCGAGACACGGGCGGCGAUUCUGGAAGGGAAACCCAGGCCGGAUUCGGUCGCUCUCGUCGCAAGUCUCAGCUGGCUGGUGCUGCCUCGCGAGCCGGCAGGAGCACCAUUCUCGGCAACUCUAGCCUCCAGCGCUCCGUCAUCGGUGCCCCCGCCCGCAUUGGCAGCCACAAGCCCGAGUUUUCCGAUGUCGAGCGCCCGAGCGAGCCCUCGCGCCAGCUGGGCGGCGUCCAGUCAUCUGACGAUCGUGCUCUGCGCGAGAAGCAGAGCAAGCUGGCCGAAAAGGUCACCAACCUCAACAAGGCUCGUGUCCUGCAGCACCCUUACCCCAUCCUGUCGGAGCUCGCCGAGAUUGAACAGAAAUCGCCCGAACCCCAUGCCUCCCACGUCACACAGGCCUACAGGGCCGUCAUGGAGAUUGUUGGCGAGAAUCCAGAGGCGGAUACCUCUCUGAAUAACGCCACGGCCAAGGAGAGGCAGUUUGUGUCGAUGUAUUUGGACGACAACAAGAACUCGCCCGAGUCUUCGGCCAUGCGUAAGAGGAUCCUAUCGGGCGCCAACCGCUUCCUCGAGAACCAGUUCGUCGCCGAGAUGGAGUCUCUGAUUGCUAAGCACCCCCAUGAGGCGAAUCUCGGCGGUCGCCCUGAUAUCGUCAGCAAGGUCAAGGCAUAUAUCCGAUUAAGGUCUGCCCGUAAGGAUCUCGUCCCCGACAACUCCGAACUUCAGCAGGUCCAGGGAGAGUACGUGUGGGCCAUCGUCUUCUAUCUUCUCCGGUCCGGCCAUGUCAUGGAUGCCGCCCGAUAUGUCAACGACAACCUCAACAGUUUCCGCGGCAUUGAUCGUACCUUUUCCACCUACCUCAACGCCUACGCGUCCAGCGAAGAGAGGCGGCUCAAGAGGCUCCUUCAAGAACGCUGCGCUAGCGAGUACACCCAACGAUCACGGAACGCACCCGAGAACUCCAUCGAUCCCUUCAGGAUGGCCUGCUACAAGAUUAUUGGUCGCUGCGAGAUUAACAACCGUAGCCUCGAAGGCCUGAAGUCAGACAUCCACGACUGGAUUUGGCUGCAGUUCAACCUCGCCCGCGAGGCUGACAGGACUGUCGAGUUUGCUAGCGAGAUGUACGAUCUCGCGGAUUUGCAGGCCAGCAUGCGAGAGAUUGGAUCCAAGCAUUUCCCCAAGUCCCCCUCCGAGGACAACAAUGGCAAUUUCGGCAUGUAUUUCUAUCUUCUGGUCCUCUCGGGUCAGUUCGAGGAGGCCGUCGCCUAUCUGUAUCCGUUUUCGUACGUUGACGCGGUGCACUUCGCCCUCGCCCUCGAGUACUACGGCCUCCUGCGCCCCAGCGACCCCCUCACGGCCGACAACGAGCUGCGCAGCACCGACAGCCGCAGCCGCACGCAGAUCAACUUUGGCCGUAUGCUAGGCUACUACACGCGUGACUUCCGCGCCGCCAACGUUGAGGCCGCCGUCGACUACCUGACCCUCAUCUGCCUUAACGCCGACCUGCCUGGCGAAUCUGGCCGACGCCACGCUAACCUCUGCCACGAGGCCUUGCGCGAGAUUGUCCUGGAGUCCCGCGAGUUUAGCAAGCUCAUCGGCGACAUCCGCCCCGACGGCCACCGAAUCAAGGGAGCCAUCGAGCUGCGCGGUGCCCUUAUUGGCCUCUCGGACGAGGACGACUUCAUCCAUACCGUUACGCUUCAGGCUGCUAGCUUCGCUGAGGAGACGGGCCGCACUACCGACGCUGUGCUCCUUUACCACCUUGCCGGCGAAUAUGAUACCGUCGUCGCCAUCGUUAGCCGCGCUCUCAGCGAGGCCAUCGCCAUGGACAUUGGCGAGUCGCCCAUGGUGCUCAUGCCCGUGAAGCCCCGUGCCGCAGCUGGCGCCAAGGACGCCGAGCCCGGAAGCAGCUUGAGCCUUGCUGCCAUUGAUGACCCCGUUGAACUUGCUAAGACCAUGAUGGCUAUGUAUGAGCGUGACGCUAUGUUCCACCGCGGAAUCCAGGAGCAGAAUAAGGUUGCUUGUCGUAUCCUACUCGAGUUGAGUUCGAUUAAGACCCUUGUUGAGGCUAGACAGUGGGCUCAAUGCCUUGACCGCAUCCUCCCCCUCGACAUCCUCCCCCUCGACGCAAAAGGCGACCCCUCCACGAUCCGCAACCACGCCGCCCGCUUCCCCUCCCUCUCCCCCACCGUCGCCGUCAAUGUCCCCAACCUCCUCCUCUGGACCAUCCACGCCUGCGUCAAGCAGCGCGACCAGCUCCUCGCGGGCCACUUCACGGGCAACGAGAUGUCGCGGCAGAUGCUCGUCGACCAGCUGCGCCAGAUGACGUUGGACCUCACGGCUUACACGAGUCAGUUGAGGUAUAGGUUCCCGCCGCAUUUGCAUGAGGCUCUCGCUAGGGCUUCGGCGGAGUAA